UUUGACUCUCUCACUAAAACUAUUGCUCUAGAAGCACUUCUCUCUCUAAGACACUGACUUGAUCGUCGGAGGGCUAACGGGCCCAGGCGCCCGCCUCUGUGCUCGUGUGUGUAGGCAAGCGCCAGACAGAAGGAGCGUGGCCGCGUCGGCAAUGUGUCGAGGCUUAAACAAUUGGCGCGCCAAAUAGGGGAAUAUAACCAAGAAUCAUGAGUGAGGAGGCGCCUAUGAGUGGAGAGAGAGAGGAAAUUACGGAAGAACGGUCUGGGCAGAUGAGACGGCUGACGCCCGAGAUGGACGAAGAUGAGGAAAGUGAUGGCAUGUUUCGAGGGUCGGAAGGCGCCUCGGUCACAAAAAAGGAGAUGUUUAGGAUCAUCGAAGAUCAGGAUGAGGCAAUCGAGGCACUUUGGCGGGAGGUUGACGCCUUGAAGAGAGGUGAAAGGAUGACGCCCAGCCUAACUUCGAAGAAGAGGGAAAGAGUGGCGGAGACGGAAAGCGAGUCAGGGCAUUUGAGGCGCCCAACCUUUGAGGCGCCCAAGCUUAUGGCACCCCUAUGAUCGCGGUGGGCUGGACACCAGUGGAUGGAAGGGAGGAAUUCUGGGGCGCCUAUCACGCCACUGCCCCGUGAGGUAGCCCCUGGCGCGGAAUAUACUGAUAGAGCCCGC